AUGAUGGAGGGAUAUAGUGAUUACCUAUCCAGUGGGUUUCAUCUGCUACAGACAAAACCCCUAGAAGUCACAUACAGUGCGAUGGCAGAGUGUGCAAUGUGUGUAGAGCGCGUAAAAAUUGUGGAACGGCAGGCUGUACCGCGAAUUGAAAUGGAUGCGCUGCGCGAGCGACUUAAAAGCGUUGAGCGCGCUAUAGCCCUGAUGGGGAAUGCUAUUCCCUCUGGGAGGACGGUGGGCGAUCACACCCCUAUCCUGCCCUCUGUAGGUCCGUCCAAGGGCAGGGAAUUUACGGCGGCUGUGGAACGCUUCGGACUGCUGGGGUUACGCCUCCAGGAUGGCGGCGAUGAACCGAAGGGUCUUAUCGUCAUGGAAGUGGCAUCAAACUCUGCCGCAUCGAAGGCCCAACUUCGCCCCGGACACAUCAUCUCUCACGUGGGUACUGCCCCUGUGACUACGCUGAGUGAUUUCGCUGAAGCGAUUCAAGGGAGUGAUGCGGUGGUGAAACUAGCUGUGUAUGAUCCGGAGGCUGCACGGGUGCGUGUCGUGACCUUAGGACUCUGA